GCCUUUUAAAAUUUAUUUUUUUAUUUUAUUUUUUAAAGAAAACAUUACACUCAUUGUCCGGUGCUGCUUUCACUGCAGAAUGGCUUUCUGUUUGUCUGGUUUUCGAAGCUUUCCUAAGCUGUGGAAGAACAAACCUUACUUUGAGCUGGACCCAGGGCACUCUUCUCUCUGUUUCUUUUCCCCUGGUUACUGUGCCAUCAGGAGCCAACAGAGAUGGUUUUCUCUUAAAACUAUGUCUCCACAGAAUAACAAAGCAAUGGAUCUGCUGAUUGCCAACACCAGAUUUCUCAAGAAAGGAGACAAGGACCAUAAGAAGCAAGUUUCUUCUGAUUCUUCUUAUCUUUUUGCAGCUGGAGCUGCUAAGAAGAGAUCACUGUUGACUAAUCUACAGAGUAAAGAUCAUGCCUUACUCAAGGAGAGAAGCAGUAUUCAACUCCCAACAAAACCUUUGAAUUCAGAGGAGUGGGAUAGACUUAAAGAAGAUUUUGAAGGAAAGGCAAAUUUUGAAGACUGGAUCAGUUCUCAGAUGACUCAGUGCCAUGCCUCAAUAGAUGUGGCUAAAUCUCUACUGGCAUGGGUAGCAGCAAAAAACAAUGGAAUAGUAAGUUAUAAUUUACUAGUAAAGUAUUUGUAUCUCUGUGUUAUUCAUAAGCAAACAUCAGAAGUUAUUGAUGUCUAUGAAAUCAUGAAAUCCAGAUACAAGCGCUUAGAAUCUUCAGGUUACGGUCUUCUUAUCCGGGGAUUAAUCCAUUCAGACAGGUGGAGAGAGGCCUUGCUGCUAUUAGAGGAUAUGAAAAAAGUCAUGAUCCCUUCAAAAAAGAACUAUAGUGACUGUAUCCAGGGAGCUCUCCUUCAUCAAGAUGUGGACACAGCUUGGAAUUUAUAUCAGGAAUUGCUAGGGCAUAAUAUUAUUCCUAUGAUGGAAACUUUAAAAGCCUUCUUUGAUUUUGGAAAAGGCAUAAAAGAUGAUCACUAUUCAAACAAACUACUAGACAUCCUUUUGUAUCUAAGAAAUAACCAGCUGUAUCCUGGAGAAUCAUUUGUACACAGUAUAAAAACAUGGUUUGAAAGUAUGCCUGGAAAACAAUGGAAAGGACAAUUCACCACAAUCCAGGAAAGUGGUCAGUGUUUAGGCUGUGGAAAAACUUUAGAAUCUAUUCACCUAAGUCCAGAAGAGUAUGAAUAUCUCAAGGGAAAAAUCAUGAAGGAUGUGAUAGAUGGAGGUGAUCAAUACAGGAAGACAACACCUCAGGAACUGAAAAGAUUUCAGGAAUUUGUAAAUUCCUGUCCUCCUUUUGAUAUUGUCAUUGAUGGCCUCAAUGUUGGCAAAAUGUACACUAAAGCUCGUGACUCUCAAGUUCUAUUGAAUGUAGUUUCUCAACUAGCUAAGCAGAAUCUUCAACUGCUGGUCCUGGGCCGGAAACACAUGCUAACACGUAAUGCCCGAUGGAGAAAGGAUGAAAUGGAAAUGAUACAAAAGCAAGCCAGCUGUUUCUUUGCUGAUAAUAUCUCAGAGGACGAUCCAUUCCUCCUAUAUGCCACACUGAACUCAGGGAAUCACUGCAAGUUUAUCACAAACGACCUGAUGCGGGACCACAAGGCCUGUCUUCCUGAUGUCAAGACCCAACACCUGUUCUUUAAGUGGCAACAGGGACAUCAGCUGGCAAUUAUAAAUAGGUUUCCAGGAUCAAAAAUAACCUUUCAGAGUAUUCUCAGAUAUGACACAGUUGUGCAAACAACUGGAGACUCGUGGCACAUACCUUAUGAUGAAGACCUGGUGGAAAGAUAUUCCUAUGAAGUGCCAACCAAAUGGCUUUGCCUGCAGCGAAAGACUUAAAAGACUUACUUACCACAGCCUUUGUGUUUGGGUACCCUCUUGGUUGGUAGCAGAGCUCAUAAAUUGAAUCUUGUUUAGGAUAUUACCUCUGUCCUGAAGAUAAGAAGGUUUUAUUGACA